CAGGUAGAGAAGCUAAACAACAUCAGGAGGGAGCCUGGGCCUGGACUGGGUGAUGUAGCUAUAUUGUGGGGUUUUGUUUUUAGUUAUUUCUAGUUCUAACGAAACGGAUGAUGUCGGAGUCUCCUGACGCCCACAGCCUGGUGUCUGCGUCUUCCCAGCUCAACCUCAUGGAGAUAGACACGAUUGAUGAUAAGGAGUUUGACAUCCCCCAAGUGGACACCCCUCCAACCUUGGAGAGCAUCCUGAACGAGCCGGAGGAUGAGGAGGAGCCAUUUGUGCUGGAGGACACGUGUCUGCUGAAUACGGAAAAUAUCGAUGCUCACUCCUGUGACACCUCCUCUCUUGCCAGCUCUGAUAGUGGGGACCCAUCGCACCUCAAACGAAAGAAGAAGCCAGUGGACUUGAAUGUGACAGUCCAUGGUUCCGUCCUUAGGCACAGCUUGUUGAAAGGCAUCUCAGCUCAGAUUGUCUCAGCUGCUGAUAAAGUGGAUGCUGGAUUGCCAACUGCAAUAACAGUGUCAAGAGUCAUUGCUGUUGGAACAUCUCAUGGUCUGGCUCUAGUGUUUGGAAAAGACAGCAAUCAGGCAUUGCGGCUUUGUUUGGGUACGACGGCAACAGGGGCAGAGUAUGGAGCUGUCUCUGCCCUUAGCAUCAACCAUGACUGCUCUCGACUUCUCUGUGGCUUUGCUAAAGGACAGAUCACCAUGUGGGAUCUAGCCAAUGGGAAGCUGCUGAGAACGAUUACUGAUGCCCACCCUCCAGGAACAGCUAUACUGCAUGUUAAGUUCACAGAUGACCCGACUCUUGCAGUAUGCAAUGAUAGUGGUGGAUCAGUAUUCGAGCUAGCUUUUAGAAGGGUCAUGGGGAUGCGAUCCUGCGACUCACGCUGUCUCUUCAGUGGUUCUAAAGGGGAGGUUUGCUGUGUUGAACCACUACACACUCCUCCAGACCUCAGAGACCAUGCAAUCACACAUUACUCGCUACUGGCUAUGGGCUCGCUCACCAAGAUUCUGGUGAUUGGACUGAAGCCCUCUCUGAAAGUCUGGAUGACUUUCCCCUAUGGCAAGUCGGAUCCCUCUAGCGUUCCUCAGCUGGCUUGGCAGUUUGUUCCUGUUCAGAAGACGGUUAAUCCCAUCCUGGCCUUCUGCAGAGGAGAUACUGUACAGUUCCUCCUGGUGAAGAAGGAGGAGACUGGGACGAUCCAUGUCAUCAAACAAAGACAACUCCAUCUUAGCUGUGACAUCAUCAGCCUAAGUUGGAUUAACAGUCGUACCAUGGUUCUGGUGGACAGUCAUGAGAAGCUGCAGGUUGUGGACCGACCCAGUCAGGAGAUUCUGGAGACUUUGGAUCUGGACCAGGUGCAACUGGUCUAUAACAGCCGACACUUUAAAUCGCUGGCAACAGGGGGGAACGUCUCCCAGGCUCUGGCUUUAGUAGGAGAAAAGGCCUGCUACCAGUCAGUCUCCAGCUACGCAGGACAGAUUGUAUAUCUGGGCACCAAGUCGGCUCACAUUAUGACUCUGAGGAACUGGAGAGAGCGUGUGGAUUGUCUGUUGAAGCAAGAGCGUUUUGUUGAAGCUCUCUCUCUAGCCUGGUCCUUUCAUGAGGGAACUGCAAAGGCUGUGCUUGGGCUGUUUGGGGAUCCAGUGAAGAGGAAAGGAGUGGUUGCUGACAAGAUGGUAGAAAUCCUGUUCCAAUUUGCGGAACGCUCUUUGAAAAAGUGUCCAGAACAAGGGAAAAUUCAAGUGUUGGAACAACAUUUCCAGGAGGUGGUGCCUGUCCUGGUGGAUUAUUGUCUGUUGCUACAGAGAAUUGACCUGCUGUUUAACCAGCUGUAUGGUCGACUGGUGGAGAAUGUGGUUGCUAAGGGUGUCUUCCUGGAGUCACUGGAGUCAUACAUCAUUGCUGAGCGCCUAGGUCACCUGACCACACCCAUCAUGAGGGAUCUGCUGGCUCAUUACCAUGGCAAUGGCAUGAUGGACAGCCUGGAGAACUGUAUAGUCCACCUGGAUGUCACCAGCCUAGAUAUACAACAGGUGGUUCAGGUGUGUUGGGAGAACCAGCUCUACGAUGCUAUGAUCUACGUUUUCAACAGUGGCAUGAAUGACUAUAUUACACCUAUGGAGAAACUCUUUGCAGUAAUUGGCCCACCACUUAGAGAAGGGAGGACACUGACAGAUGAGCAGGUGGUGAUGGGGAACAAGCUGUUGGUGUAUAUAAGCUGCUGUCUGGCAGGAAGGGCCUAUCCGCUAGGAGACAUUCCCGAAGAUCUUGUGGCUCAAGUCAAGAACCAGGUGUUUGAGUUCCUGAUCCGGCUCCACUCAGCUGACUCAUCAGAGGAGGAGGAGGUUUUUCCAUUUAUUCGUACUCUCCUCCACUUUGACACCCGGGAGUUUCUCAAUGUCCUCGCCCUGGUGAGCCACAACAACCAGGAAACACAACACAACACACAGACGUUUGAAGACUUUAAGAAUGACAAACAGGCCCUGGAGUACCAGCAGAGGAUAGUGGAUAUCUUACUUAAGAUCAUGGUGGACAACCCUGACUUUACUCCCUCUCAGGUGGGCGGGCUCUUCACGUUCCUUGCUCGCCAGUUGGCCAAGCCAGACAACACAUUAUUUGUAAACAGGAAACUCUUUGACCAGGUUCUGGAAUUUUUGUGUAGCCCAGAUGAUGAAUCUCGACACACAGAGAGACAACAGGUGCUGCUGGAGCUGCUCCAAGUGGGGGGAGUGGUCCAAUUUGAUGAAGGACGGCUAUUGGCUCUGGUAGAGAAGGCCCAGUUCUACCAGAUCUGUGAAUUUCUCUAUGAGAAGAAACACCUGUAUGACAGGAUCAUUGACUGCUACCUGAGAGACCCUCUCAGAAAGGAGGAGAUCUUCAGCUACAUUCACAACCUGCUGUCCAUGCCUGGCUAUACCUCUGAGGAGAAAAAAACAGUGUGGGACAAAACACUGCAGCACAUACAAGAACUAGUGGCUCUUGACCCCAACAAGUCAGCUGACCUGGUGUCAUUUCACUUCUUGGAGGAGGUGCGACCAAUCAUCUCUCAGCUCCAGGAUGACCAGCUACUGUUCACAUUCCUCAGCUGUCUCCUGGAACCAAGGGAAGGCUAUCAUUCCGGUACUGUCCUGACUCUGGAACCUGAACUCCAUGAGCUUCAGGUGGGAUUGCUGUGCCGCUUUGCGCCCCAGCAGCUCCAGAGUUUCCUCCAGAGCUCCCAGCAGUACAGACUGGAGGAGGCCAUACAGAUAACAAAGCAGUACCACCACAGUGAGGCUACAGCCUAUUUGCUGGAGAGAAAAGGAGAUGCACAUGGAGCUUUCACUGUUCUGCUGAAGACACUAAAGGAAAAACUGAGUCUGCUCACUGUCGAAAGUGAGCAGGGAGAAAGAGAUGGAACAACUUUGGAGGAGGAAGGAGAGUUGAUGCUGAGGAGAGUGGAAGAUUCACUUACUGAAAUUGUUUCUUUGUGUCAUCGGACCUCUCAGAACCUCAACCAGAAGCAGAGAGAGGUUCUGUGGUUUCCUUUAUUAGAGGCCAUGAUGGCUCCUCAGAAACUACUAAAGGGACCCAGCGCCAAACACAAAUCUGAAGCAUUGAAAGAGCUGACAAUGAAGGUUCUCAACAGUAUGAGCGGCUUUAUUCCUCUACCUGCCAUCAUCCAGCGAAUACUGCAGGAUCCAGUUUAUGGGAAAGGGAAGUUGGCUGAGAUCCAAGGCCUCAUUCUCGGCAUGCUGGAGACUUUUAACUACGAACAGACUUUAUUGGAAACCACCACAAGUCUGUUGAACCACGAUCUCCACUGGUCCCUGGCUCACCUGCGAGCUGCUGUCACUAGGGGGCUCCACCCACGACAAGACCACUGUAACAUCUGUCUACAGCAGUACAAGAGGAGGCAAGACUCAGCUGAGGAGAUCAUCAUAUUCAGCUGUGGCCACCUCUACCACUGCCAGUGUCUACAGCAGAAGGACUGUGGACGGGGCUUCAGUUCAGAGCGCCUACAGGCCUGGAGCUGCUACAAGUGUUCAUCCAACCAGGGAGGCAGGGGCAGUGCCACUGAACAAGGACGUGGCCGGAGCACCUCACUUGCACAGACUCAUGUUACAUCAGUGCAUCGUGAAACAGGAGCAGAGGCUCAUGGAAAAAAGGUACUUGUAGAGGCAACAUUGGACCCCCAGCAAGAACAGUCCUGGGAUCAGCUACGCUGUUUGUACCGAGGACCAUCCAGGUUGGCCAUCCUUUCUGAGCUCUCUCAUUGCCAUAGCAACGGGAAGGUGGGGCUUGUAAACCCUACCCAACAAGGGACAGGAAGUAUUUUUAACAAUGAGAAUUUCCAGCUUAAACUUUCUCCUCCGCCACUGGUCGAAGAAUAGCAUCAUGACCAAAACAAGAGUAAACCUCCAAAUCCAGAGCAAAUUGUUUUUUGUUGGGAAAACCUCAGUAUUUCAAAUGUGUUUUCUGGUUAACAUUAAUUCAUGUACAAAAUGAAAGUCUCUUUUUGAAUACAGAGAGACAAAAUAAGGUCAAGUGAUGCACUGAAACAAGUUUGUCUGUGUCACAUCUGUCAAGUGCAACGGGUUAAGGUCUAGAUUAGUAAGCAACAUCUUUUACUGGUUGUUGCAGUGCAGCCAGACAUAUGACUUAAAAUACAAACAAACAAGGUUAUUACCACAUAUGAUGCCCUGUGUACGAUGCCUUGGUCAUGGUCGUGGUUUGGACAUGGUGUGCUUUGUGAUGCUGCCCUGGGCUUUAAGCUGAACAUUUCUUAAAGGACCACAUGAGGGACUUUGCAUAUUUAGCAUUGUAUCUACAAAAUGCACAAACUUCACAUUUCUGCUAAUCUUUUAUCAAAGUAAGCAGUCCUAUUUUAAGACUCCAAUAUCAUUUUCCUCCCUUUUAUCCAGCCAUAAGGAUGCAUUAAUUCCACUAUGAUAUGAAAAUGAACUUUCAGAGACCUCAAGCUUUCUUCACAACCGUAUUCCAUCACUGUAAAAAAGUUGUCCUUAUUAGUUUUGCUAAGAGCAGCAGUACUGUUGUUGGAGUGAAACAAUCUCUCUACCGGAAAAUAGUCCAUGAGGAAACAUUUGCUUUACACAGAACUGCUUAUCAGUUCUGUGGUUUAUGCAUGGUGACAAUUUAGCCGUAGAUGCAGAACUUUAUAAGGUAACUGUUUCAACCAAAAGUUCAACUUUGAAAAUCAAAGGAUGUUGAAAUAUUUAUCACCCUCACAUUAUUUGCAAAAUGGUUUGUUGCAGUGUAAAAUGUAGGGAAUUUGAUGUGAAUGGUUCAAACAUUCCAAAUCCCUGGUAUGGUCCUUUUUUAAUUUCUGUAGCAUUACAGCAAUGUGAAAAUAGCCCUUGUCUAGAUGGAACUCUUGAAUGAGAUGAUAAGAAUGGGUGUUUUGUUCAUGACGUCAUUUACCCUGCUCCUCUGUUUCCAUAGAGAUACCACAAACCUUCUCUGAUCCAUUUUGAUUUUCAGUUAGAGUUUUGGUCACUUCACUUUAGCUAGCCAAUGCUAAUUACAUAUUUGAGCUAGUUGUUGUUAAACUUUAAGUUGCACAGCAAUCAGAAUGAUGUAACAUGCCCUAUUAGUCUCUUUGUUCUUCUAGCUUCAUAUUCCUUCAAAGCCAGAAACUUCUUGUCAUUAUGGGAAACACACAGCAGGACAGUUGGCUGCUGCGGCUGUAUACACUGUUAUGACAGCAAUACACGUGAUUGUUGAUGAUACUGCUGCACCCUGAAGUUGAAUUGAGUUUGUUGGGCAUGCUGUCUACCUUCUGAAACCAGAGACACCAGUCUGGAUGUGUGAUAGGGAGCUUCCACCUCGGCUAAUGUGUCUUGCCAACAUACCCAGUAGGACAUGUCCAGCCAGCUCACUGUGUCACCAGACGGUUAUGGGAAAUAUUGUUCUUGGCAGCAGUUUGCUGUUAGGAAAACACUGGAAACAUGUAGGAGUAUUAAACACAUGGCUGGCCCUCAGUCCUGUCAGGUGAGGCCCACAACGCAGAUCAGACACAGCACCUAAUGCCCUUCCUUCUUCAAUGUAGGGCCCCCACAACCGGUCAUUUCUUUUUCCCCUUGGAAAGCUCACUUAAAUGCUUGUGAUCACUGAUCCAAUAUUUUAUAGAUAUCAUUUUAAUAAUUAUAAAUAUGGUGUUCUUGUCAUUUUUUAAAACUUUUAUGCUUCUUUUAAACUUUUUUAAAAUUAGCCAACUGUUUGUUUUUUCAUUUUUUUUUACUAAUGUCAUUUUUUUUGAUAAUUUGCAACUGAUCAAAAAACAGGUAGAAAGCCAAUAAGCAAGAUGAUCUGAAAAUUUGCAAAAAAAAAAAAAGUAAAAAUAUAUUAAAUUCCAACAAAACUAUUUUUAAAAAAAAAUCUGCAAAAAACAGUAAGAAAUCACAAAAAAUAUUUGAAAAUUGUCCUACAAAUUACUAGAAAAUGUUCACAAAGCUAGUAAAAAAGGAAUGUUCACGAAGCUAGUAAAAAAGGAACAUAAAUCAGUUAUAUACAGUCGUUCCAUAAAUUACCAUUUAUUAAAUUACCAUAAGUGUCCCCCAAAAAAAUGUAAAAAAAAAAAAAAAAAAGAAGAACAAGGAAAAUCAGCCAAAAACAAACAAACAAUAAAUAAAUGAAGUGAAUUGAGUUAAGAAGGUUAAUUUAUCUUUUGGUCCUAUAUUGAUCUAUUCAUGUAAAAACACAGGAGCCCCCAAAAAGAUUUUUUUGACUAGUGACAGCAUUUGGUUUAUCAGGGCAACCCCACCUGUAUGUCCAAGAGAAACUGAUUGUUCGCACUGUGAGCAACUUGGUUGAUGGAUCUGCAGCUGCAAAACUGUCAACUGACAAAUCAAAUUUUUUUGCUGCUUUGGUGUUGAUUUUUUUUUUUUUUUAACAGUUUUCAGACAUCUAUUCCCAUUGUCUUUUAAAUAGAAAUUGUGAGAACCAGGAAGCUUUUGAAUGGCUGGUUUCAAUUUCCUAUCCAUUUUGCCCUUGGAACUAACUUCUCAUCCAUUUUUUUCAUGAAACCAAGCCACAUCAGUAGGAGACAAGGAAGUGCAGAAACUGGCUGUGGUGGCGAAUGGCAGACUGAAAACUUAUGCUCUGGUUAGCUUUUCUCAGUUGUCCAGUGUCCACAUGUUGGCUGUGUUUUGCAGAGCACAGAGCUUUGGGCCAGUCAGUGGAACCUGUGUUGUUGUUGCUGGUGCUGCUCACAGUGUCAAAGCGCAGACAGAGGCAGUGUUGGCAGUGGAAGAGCCUGGUGAACCAUGACAUCCAGCACCACUCAUGUUUCACUGUUUUGAUCCAAAACUAGAACUUACUGAUCUCAGCUUCAGCUUCUUCAUGUCAAAUUCCUGCUGAUGAUUACUAUUCAUUGAUUAUUAUGCCUGUGUUUGUGCACAGGUAAACAUGUAUUCAUGGUUUGUCAUGCCAUGCUUUGUCACAUACAUGAUUGAGCAAAAUAAAAUAAGCAUUUCUAACAUUUUA